AUGUGGAUACACAAGUACCUCUACAGGAGAGUACGCCGGUUCCCGGUGGCCGUCGCCGUGGUCGCCACCAUAUGGAGCUUUGUUGAAGUUCUCUGGAUUCAGCGUGCACUCAUCCGCCAGCUCGACUCUGAGCCUGGUUUGCUCGGAGAUGAGAAAAUAUACAUUACCAGCAUACAUUGGAAUAAUGGGAACAUACUACGGGAAGCAUGGAUACCUGCUCUCGUUGAACUAGUCAAUGCCAUCGGUCGGGAUAAUGUCUUUGUCAGUCUCCAGGAAAGUGGAAGCUGGGAUGAUUCCAAGGCACAGCUACGCCAUUUGGAUGCAUUGCUCGCCCAGAAUGAUAUCCCAAGGAGAAUUGUCCUUAAUGACACGACACAUCUCGAUGAAAUCAGCAGGCCUCCUGCUAGUACUGGAUGGGUUGAAACACCCAUUGGCCAGACUGAACUUCGUCGGAUACCGUACCUUGCCAACUUACGCAACUUGGUAAUGGGACCAUUAUAUGAAAGAAAGGAAGAAGGGAUUUUUUACGAUAAGAUUUUAUUCUUGAACGAUGUGGUGUUCAAUACUUUAGAUAUUCGCAGACUGUUAUCAACUCGAGGAGGCAGUUUCGCGGCAGCAUGUUCACUAGACUUUUCAAAACCUCCCAAGUUCUACGACACAUUCGCUCUUCGGGACAUCGAAGGCCAUGACCAACUCAUGCAAACCUGGCCUUAUUUCAGAUCCCGGGUCUCCCGACGUGCUAUUAAGUACGGCGAGCCUGUACCUGUCAAAAGCUGCUGGAAUGGAGCAGUGGCAAUGGAUUCUUCUCCAUUUUACAAUGAUCCACCUUUGGAAUUUCGUGGUAUCUCUGAUGGCCUUGCCAAAUCACAUCUUGAAGGAUCAGAAUGCUGCCUCAUUCAUGCGGAUAACCCCCUGUCUGAAAAUAUGGGGGUAUGGCUGAAUCCCAAUGUGCGUGUCGGUUACAACACCCCAGCCUACGCAACAGUUAAUCCUGAGAGAAUAUCGUGGCUAUCAACUCUUUCAAUAAUUGGAGGCCUAUGGGAAAACCGAGUCUUGCGCUGGUUCACUACGUCAUGGUUUACGGAAUAUACAGUCAAGAGGCGGCUAUCCAAGUAUCAGAAGGAAGAUCCCGGGAAUAUUGAGACGGGAUCUUUCUGUCUGAUAAAUGAAAUGCAAGUACUUGUGGCCAAUGGUUGGGCUCAUCGUUAG